GUGAUCAUGUGACGCCUGCAUUUCCGACACAACAAUACAACACCGUAUCGGUCUGCAUUCACGCUCCCACUGUCUCCCCCCCUCCUUACGCCUCGCUCUCGGUAUGGCGGACGGCGAGAGGUCCCCGUUACUAUCAGAUCUGGGAGAUGGUGCUCUUGGCAGCGGUAACGGCGGGGUGUCUCCCGGCGCAGCGCCCUACGGUGUGCCCAACAAACCACAGAGCUUCCCUCCAUUCCCCAGCCCAACUCAGCCCUCAGUGCUCCUAGGGGAGGAUCCUCCUCCUUACUCACCGCUCACCUCCCCGGAAAGUGGCAGUGCCCCUGUUAUCAGCUGCAGGGUGUGUCAGAGCUUGAUCUCUGUGGAGGGCAAGAUCCACCAACAUGUGGUGAAAUGUGGGGUCUGCAAUGAAGCUACGCCCAUUAAGAAUGCCCCAGCAGGGAAGAAGUACGUUCGCUGCCCCUGCAACUGUCUGCUCAUCUGCAAAGUCACUUCCCAGAGGAUCGCCUGUCCCCGGCCAUACUGCAAGAGGAUAAUAAAUUUGGGUCCAGUCCAUCCUGGUCCAGCCAGUCCUGACCCCCAGCCAGCCGGGGCCCGGGUCUCCUGUGGACACUGCAGCAACACCUUCCUGUGGACAGAGUUCACAGACCGGACGCUGGCCAGGUGCCCACACUGCAGGAAAGUCUCCUCCAUUGGUCAGAGAUAUCCCCGGAGGCGGAGCUUGUGGUGUUUUCUACUCUGCUUGCUGUUUAGCAUUUCCACCGCCGGGCUGAUGGCUGGAACGUGGGUGAAGGCUCAGACCUACCAGGGGAUCUACGCCUCGUGGGCAGUGCUGCUGCUCCUGGUUCUCGUCACCCUGGCUCGGGCCUUCUACUGGGCCUGCAUGAGGGUCAGCCAGCCCCUCCAGAACUUCACAUAGAGUCCCUUUCAACUCUGCGGCACCCUUCUUCUCAACCCACCAGGCAGGAGGAAAGAUGGCUCAAAAAAAAAGAAAAAAAAAACACACAAAAAAACAGAAUAUUUAUUUAAACCCAACUCCAGAAAGAAAAGGUUCUCCUCCUCCUCCUGUUCCUUCCCUUUUAGUCAAACGUGUUUCUAAAACUGGAUGGCGGUGGCUGCGACUGCUAUAUAUCUAAAGAUAACUAUGAUGAUGCGUAUAGCCUAAUGUACUGUUAAUCUAUUCUAAUCUCAUGGCCAGUGUGGGGUUCAUUUUAACAUUUUUAACACUUUUUCUUCUUCUCUUUCCCCCUUUGUUGUUGUUUAUAAAUUUUGGCUUUAGUCUGUGGCACAUCUGUUGCACUCUCGGAACUUCUGAGACGAGGGCUUCAAGUUACGUCUUAGAUGUGAAUAUAGCCCUUGUUUUUUUUUUUUUGGAGGGGACUGUCCCUUUUCAGUCCUAAUUUGACAUUAGUAUUCCAGCAUUUAACAUUUUUUAAACAGAGAAACAAAUUAUUUUGUGAAAGCGGCGAUGAAGUCAGAUGAAGCUUAAAAAAAAAAUCGAUGCCAGUAGAAGAUGACUGGAGUGACUGGAGGGACAUCAGCCUCCUUUUGUGAAUCGAAAGAUCAAGUAGGUGCUGAAAUAUGUCUGAAAAAUUGAAUUCAGCAGUAUGUGAAGGUAGGCUAUGAUGUGUCUGAACUCGGUGUUUAUGCUGAAUUAUCCCCUGGGACUGACUUUGAUCCAAAGCAGCUUGAAAGCCUUAAAAGGAGGUGUGAUAGAAGGAUUCAAAACACACACGUAUAUACACACACACACACACAGACAGACAUCCACAACCACAUGAAUGGAUAGCUGUACACAACAAAAGCAGGAUGCUCUUUUAGAGUUGCAACAGCUCAGAAACCAGUUUGUCAAAGACAUCCCAGCCUCUCUCUUCAAAGAUGUCUGGUGAACACAUUUUCUCCAUACUGUUGGAAAAAAUGACAUGCAUGCCACUUUGUGUAAAAGUUGGAUAAUUUGUCCUGCUCCUAUAAGAGUGGUAUCCAAUCUCCAGCUCCUUUUCUUUGAUCCAAACUAUAGCAACAAGGUUACUUUAAAACUUCAUUUUUAAAGUAUAUCUAAAUAAAAACUUCUAUCACAUAAAUUCAGUUGAUAUGAACACCAACGUGUGGCAAAGCUCUUCCUCUGAAAUCCAAGAGACGGGUUUACUUUAUUACAUACGUCUAGGAGAUUUGACCCGAGUUCAUUUUAUUCUGCUCGGCUUUCCGAAACAGACCAAAACAUGAAACGAAAACACUAAGAGCUAUUGGCUUUUAGACAUCGAUAUCUGCCUUCUCAUACCCACAAAACCCCUGUGAGUAUAAGGAGUGUUUUAGAUUUGCUCUCUGGCAUUAAUUGUACGUUUUCAUCCUCGGGAGAAGGCUAAGAACAGAAUUUUCAGACCUGUCUGUAUGUGCUUGCUAGCAGAGGUUGAAUAUGUGAAAACACUAAGCUAAAAAAUACAGUACUUGAGGCAUUUGUAGCUUCUGAUACCAAUCCUAAAAUGUUGGGGUGUAUCUAAAUGCAUCAUCGCUCAAAUAAGAUCAUGUAAUUGGCUGGAAAAGACCAUAUUGCUCAACUCUGUCAGCCUUUUCAUUGCAUUUGGGACCAUUCAUGGUGAAAAUAUGACUUUUAAUGUCACUGAAGAUGGAGGCUGAUCCUGAGCUUUCUACUUUGUUAGUUGCAGAUGGUGCUUUCGCCUCAAAGCCAUUUGAAUAUUUGUGAAAGAGGAAAGCUCCACCCUCUCAACUCAAAGCUUGAUAUCAGUCAGAAUAGGUCAGUAAAAAACACAAACACACACUACAUGUUACAUUCUCACUCAGUGUAAGUCCCAUAAUGACUUGUCUGUGCUUCUGAAUGUAGGUGGCAUUUCUUAUUUUAUGAAUUAUGUAUUUUUGUUUGAUUGUAAAUAUAUUUGUUGUUGAUGUACAUUGGAAGUGACUAAGUGAAUUAUGUUGCACUCCGGGCUUAACACUACUGCUGUGAUCGCUGCAGAUGUUUUGUUUAUUUUUAAGAAGGUUAUUUUUGCAACUCUUCACCUGUUACAUAUUUAAUGAUUUGAUGAACUACUAACCUAAUAAGCCUCUGGACACCUGGUCGUGUCCAAAUCUUAACCACAAACACAAGCACAUCGACAUACACACACCAACAACAUUUACGACCGAAUCACAUUCCCAAGCAAUGACAUUUCUAUCUCUCUCACACACACAAACACACACCCAGCACCUUAAACAGUAGUGAGAAACACUGCAUACACCAAGUAAGAUGAGAUGAAGUUACCCUGCUAGACUGAACUGAGGUCGCGGACAGUUCAUAUGGAAGUGUCAUAUUAUUUAUUAUGCACGUUGCAAAAAAGGGCUACUUUAACAGUUAUGUCAUUUUAUUAAGUCCUUAAAUCUUAUUUGUUGUGGAAAAAGUCUGUUGUGGAGUGGGAUUAUUUCACUUUUUUCAAGUCUGGUCCAAGGGCAUUUUUUUUUCUUAUUUGAAAUCAGUACAAUGAUCUGCCAGUUUCUGCAAGUGAUGUUUAGAGCAAAAUUUUUUUUAGACUGUUGGAAACAACUAUAAAAGAUAAGAUUAUAGGACAGAAUUAAGGUGAUAUGACUUGUUUAAAAAAAGACCUUUUUUGCAGUGGAGUGAUCAUGUUUUAUCCAUGACUGCAAAAGAAAUCAAUCAUGUUAAUGCCAAUGAUAAAGAACCUGGCUAAUGCUCUUUUCAGAGUUUGUUUACACACAAAUAAAGACAUGAUGAUGUACAAAACA